GACUGAGCGCGUAAAAUCUAAGAUAUUGUGAUUGUGAAACUGUCGUCGGAAAUAUUUGAAGAAUUUCUGUAAAUAUUGAAGAGGAAAAAAGGACCUUGUAAUCAUGCCGGAAUACAACAUUUCCGGUACGUCCGUUAAUUUUCCAUUCGAGCCAUAUCAAUUGCAACGGGAUUAUAUGGCCAAAGUAAUUGAGUGUUUAAAUAAUUCCACACACGGUGUACUGGAAUCACCAACUGGUACCGGUAAAACGUUAAGCCUGUUAUGUUCAACAUUGGGAUGGAUUACACAGAAAAAGGCGCAGGUUUCAUUGGAAAUUCAGUCCAAGAUGACCAAUGAACAUUUAAAUCACUUGAAAGAUAUGCCAAUGGCGGCUGCGAGCUAUGCUGACUUUAUGGAUAUGAAUUGCAAAAAUCCUUCCCUAAUGGUACCCAAAGUGAUAUACGCAUCGCGAACCCAUUCACAGUUAGCUCAAGCUAUGCAAGAAUUGAAGAGAACCAGUUACAAUACUAUGAAAGCGGCAAUAAUUGGUUCCCGAGAACAAUUGUGCAUUCAUCCUGAUGUCGUGAAGGAGACAAACAAUGCCACAAAGAUUCACAUGUGCAAAUUGAAGCUAACUACCCGAACAUGUUCGUUCUAUCACAAAGUUGAAUCGACAAAAGAUAGACCGGAGUUCCGCGAAGCAAGGGUCUUAGAUAUCGAAGAUUUGGUUAGUGCUGGCCAGAAAAACAAGUGCUGUCCGUACUUCAUGUCGAAGGAGAUGAUUGAGAAUGCCGACAUUAUAUUCAUGCCCUACAAUUAUCUGAUCGAUCCGAUGGCCCGCAAAGCGAAUAAGGUGGAACUGCAUAACACAAUAGUGAUACUGGAUGAGGCGCACAACAUGGAAAAAAUUUGCGAAGAUUCUGUUUCCAUUCAAAUGGCAUCGUCAGAGAUUGCUGUUUGUAUCGAUGAUGUUACCCAUCUCAUGAAAAGUAUGUCUGAAGGCUUGGAAAUUGAGACGGAAGAUAAAAAGGACUUUACAAUCGAUGACCUAGCCAUUCUGAAAGAAGAUCUACUAAGUCUGGAAAAGGCUGUCGAUGCAAUCACUUUGAAGAAUACAAAAGAAGAUGAAGGGGCAACGUUUGAGGGCUCAUACAUAUUCGACUUGCUGGAACAAGCAAAUAUAACACCCGGAAAUGUUCAUGCCAAAGUUGCACUGUUGGAUAGUCUUGUUGCAUUCCUCACAAAUAUUGCCGACAAAAAUGCCUUCUUCCGUCGCGGAGCUGGCCUGCAAAAACUUCAGGAUAUGUUGAACAUUGUCUUCUCGGGCACCACCGAAGAGUACAAGCAGAACGUGAAGAGAUGUUUCAAGGUUCACGUUAACAUAGAAGCGCAGAAACCGAAACCGACAUCCAAUGUUCGUGACGGCUGGAUUCAACCGAAGGCAAUGUCUCUCAUGAAUAAAUCGGCAAAGAUUGUCAGCUUCUGGUGCUUCAGUCCGAAUUUCGGAAUGCAACAAUUGCUUACACGAAAUGUGCGCAGUAUUAUUUUGACCAGCGGAACGUUAGCUCCACUAAAGCCUCUGAUAAGUGAACUUGGAAUUCCGGUUUCAGUUCGACUGGAGAAUCCACACAUUGUGACGAGCUCACAAGUAUGCGUUAAAGUGGUUUCACAUGGGCCUGAUAAGGAGCCCCUAUUGUCGAACUUUGACAAUCGCAAUAAUCCAAAGUACAUCAGUUCAUUGGGACGGACAAUACUGUCCUUCUGUCCGGUCAUUCCGAAUGGUUUGCUGAUAUUUUUCACAUCGUACGCACUGUUGAACAAGUGCCGAGAUUCAUGGCAGGCAAGUGGUAUAUGGGCUCAAAUUCAACGGAUAAAGGCGAUUUUUGUGGAACCUCAAACCAAAGAAGCCUUCGUACAGACGAUGAAGGAUUACUACGCUAAGAUCAACGAUCAAACGUGCAAAGGAGCCAUUUUCUUAGCAGUGUGUCGGGGAAAGGUGUCGGAAGGAUUGGAUUUUGCUGACAUGAAUGGAAGAGCGGUGAUAAUUACCGGAUUGCCAUUCCCACCGUUUAAAGAUCCUCGAGUAAUUUUGAAGAAAAAAUACUUGCAAGAGAAUCGAACGAGACAGAAUGAGAUGUUGUCGGGUGAUGAGUGGUAUUUCCUAGAAGCAACACGCGCUGUGAACCAAGCCAUUGGUCGUGUCAUUCGGCACAGAAACGAUUACGGUGCAAUACUUCUAUGUGACCAACGUUUUAAUCAACCACGACAAAAGUCCCAGUUAUCGUCAUGGCUUCAGGGUCAUUUGAAUGCACCACAGCCCAGUUCUUUUGGUCCAUUGAUUGCAGAAGUUUCACGCUUUUUCCGAAAUGCUGAACGAACUCUGCCAAGACCACAACUGCUGCCUCUGCUACCUUCUGAUAUUGAUAAUUCGUCGAAUACCUCAAGUGCCUUCCAAUCUCAAUCAUCGUCCUCGUUUUUUAACACACAACAAACUGUGACAUACAAACAGCCAGUCAAAAUUAAGAAGGAGGAACCGGACGAGGUGUCAAAAGCCAAUUCAGUGUACAGUUUUGAGGCGAAAAUCUACAAUCAAGUCACUCCUGUAAAAGUGGAAAAAAGUGUGUCGUCCGAACCAAACCGAUUCUUCAGUGGUCUAAACAACCAAGUCAAGACAAUAAACUUCAAUUGCUCGAGCAAUGAACCGAUCCAGGGACUGGUGACCGUACACAAACGAGAGCGUACAACAUCGGCGGACUACGAUGCAUCGCCAGAACGUUCAGGAACGUUGGCAAAAAAGCGAAAAUUUAAAAUUGUCGCCAACGAUAGUCAGACAUCAAAUGAAUCAUCGCUGUCGGAUAGUGUAUCUGGCAUUAAGCCUGACAUUACACCAAAUGUUAAAGCCGACAUUGAACCGUCCGCUCCGGAAAAUUUGAAAGAUCUUAUGAAACUGCUGAAAUCAACACUGUCGCCAUCCAAAUAUACGUUGCUGUGCAAAGCGUUAGCCGAAUAUAAUAAAGAGAAAUUGGCCGACAAUCUGAUUGCUGUGCUAUUUAAUGUCUUUCAAGACAAAUGCUUCCAUUAUCUGCUCAAAGGAAUGAGACGUUUUCUACUGCCAUCACACAGAGAUCUUUUCGACGAGAAAUUGUUAAAAUAUUUGUGAUUCAAAAUGUAAAAAAUAUUUUUUUUUAUUGUUUUCAACCAAUAAACCAUCACCCCAUGUGCUGUAAUA